AGCAUGAUAUAAUUAAUAUUUGCUAAUCAUCCGUCUGUUUUCUUCUUGUGAUGGUUGAUUAGAAAAGUCUGCAUGUAGAUGUUUUGGUAAUCAUCUAAAAGAAAGCACUUCCUGUAGGUCAGGUGUGCAGAAACACCAGAAACAAAGAUAUCACACUUUGCUGCAGCAUUUUGCUCUGGAGCAAAGGCAUCAGUGGCUAAAUCUUCUGAUUUACCCCUUCCUGGGGGAUUAAAUGACACUUGAUUAAUUUCAGAGUGGGGUUUUGACUCUAACUGUUAUUAACUGCAGUUAAUCUGCCUAUAAAGGGGUUACAAUGGUAUCAGAUCACUAGAAUUAACCCCGUCCUUUAUGCGCUGCUCCAUUGUUCUGCUGCUUUCUGGGCCUUUGUUGAACUUGGCAGUGAACUCCAAUGUUUUGAGGGGAAACGUUGGUUUUAUAAGGGGGAAGUUUUUCAGCAUGAAGUUGUAUAACAGGCUGCAGUUGGACCCUUAGUUUUUUCUUUUUUUCUUUCACGCGGAUGUUACAAAAGCCUGUCAACAAAAAAAAAAGUCCAGUCCACCUUAAGCUCACACAAACUGCACACAUUUCCUGAAAACGCCCCGUCAGUGAGACACAGAAAGCGACUCCGGAUCGCAAUAACAAGGCGGAGUAGUUCAACGGCGGCUCACUUCUGCUGCUUCACCGACACUUCUGCCGCUCCUACGAGGUCUCACCCACCAAGGUCAGCCGCGGAGGAGCUGUCACGGCGGCGGCGGCAGGCGCCUGCCCCCCCCCCCCCCCCCCCGGCUCUUUUGUCUCCAAGUCCGAACUUUUUUUCUUUUCUUUUUUUGCUCCCCUCAAACAUGGACCUGACUGCGUGAACCGCCGACAGAACCUGGACUUGCCUCCGCGUGGAUGGAUUAAAAGUGUCGGAACUAGUUGGUCGGAGUUGUGCCGCGUGCCACCAUGUUGAGUAACCCGGGAACGUACGCCAACAAGAAGAGGAAGAAGCCUGUCCUCAAGCAAAAGAAGAUCCCGGAUGCCGGGGAGGUGGUUAAGUCCAACCCCUCCAAGCGCCACCGGGACCGGCUGAAUGGGGAGCUCGACCGGCUCAUGGACCUCCUGCCCUUUCCAGAGGAGGUGCGCUCCCGGCUGGACAAGCUGUCGGUCCUCCGCCUCAGCGUGGGAUACCUGCGGGUCAAGAGCUACUUCAAAGCCACCAUGAAGAGCAGAAACGGCGGGCGCCUCGCGCUCGGAGUGAACGGGCAGAACGGGAGCAGUCUGGACGGCGGCGGCUUGUCUGAAAGGGAGCUGUUGCUGCAGAGCCUGGACGGCUUUGUGAUGGUGGUCACCUCGGACGGGUUGGUGUUUUACGUCUCCCCCACUAUCAAGGACUACCUGGGCUUCAAUCAGUCAGACGUGGUCCACCAGAGCGUGUUCGAGCUCAUCCACACCGAUGACCGCGCCACGUUCAGAGAGCAGCUCCACUUCGCUCUGAACCCACCUCCGGUCGCCGCCGACGAGCAGAUCGCACAGGGUCACGGCGCCACCGUCAUGUACAACCCGGACCAGCUUCCUCCAGAGAACUCGUCUUUCCUGGAGAGGAGCUUUGUUUGUCGCUUCCGCUGCCUCCUGGACAACUCCUCCGGCUUCCUGGCUCUGAAGUUUCAGGGACGGCUGAAGUAUCUCCACGGUCAGAACCUCCAGGUGGAAAGCGGCGGCUGUACCCGACCUCAGCUGGCUCUGUUCGCCAUCGCCAUGCCCAUCCAGCCUCCGUCCAUCGUGGAGAUCCGAGCCAAAAUGCUCCUCUUUAAGACCAAACACAAGCUGGACUUCACGCCCACGGGCGUCGACAGCAGGGGGAAGAUUAUUCUGGGGUAUUCAGAGACUGAACUGUGCAUGAAAGGCUCCGGCUACCAGUUCAUCCACGCCGCGGAUAUGAUGUACUGCGCCGACAACCACAUCCGCAUGAUCAAAACCGGCGAGAGCGGACUGACGGUGUUCAGGCUCCUCAGCAAGUCCAAAGGCUGGCUGUGGGUGAAGUCCAACGCCAAGCUGACCUACAUUGGAGGAAGGCCGGAGUUCAUCAUCGCGUACCAGCAGGCCUUGACGAACGCCGAGGGGGAGGAGUACCUGCGUCAGCGGCGGCUGCAGCUGCCCUUCAGCUGCACCACCGGGGAGGCCAUCCUCUACAACACGGGUCCCACCGUGGACGUCAUGCAGUUCCAGUUCGACAAAAUCUUCGGCGACAGCAACAUGGAGAAGGACGUGCUGCCGGGCUCCCUGCUGGACAGCUUCCUGCAGCAGGACGAGGUCAUCUACGCCCAGAGGGUGGAGCCGCCGCUGCCCGUCGACCAGGUCUUCAUGGACAGCCACCCGCUGCUCAGCAUCGCCAGCGACCCUCGCCAGGGAGGCGACGCCCCCACGGCGGAGACGCCGGAGGUGAAGGAGGAGCAGCAGUCCAUCCUGGCGGUGGUGGACAGCCUGGAGCGGCUGGCGCAAACCGGCGAGUUUGAGGAGGUUCUGGAGCAGUUGCAGGCGGACGACACGGCGGAGUGGGAGCGCGCGCUGAAGAGGUUCAACGUGGGAGUGGAUCUGCAGAGAACGUCCGGCGACAUCCUCACCGAGGACAUCUUCGAUUACAUCGACUCGGUGUUCCAGAAGGGGGAGGAGUUUCUGAGCGAGAACCCUCCCAGCUGCCUGGCGGACUCCUUCCCCGCCUCAGAGCUGUGCGAGCCACUGCCGUUUAUGGCGUUCUCUGCGGGGAACGGCCUCCCUCCCCCCGAGCAGGCCCCCCAGGAGCGCCCGCUGCCCGCAGCUGCCGACGGCCUGCCGCCGCUGCAGCAGCUGCAGCUGCAGGACAUCUUCGCGCUGUCAGAGGGGCUGCCGGAGCUCGCCAUUCCCGACAUCUCUGCCGACAUCUCGGCUCUGCAGAACUGCCAGCAGGCGCCGGUGAGGCCGGCGGGUCGUCCGAACGUCGGUUCUGUUCGAGUCCAGCCGCCGGACCCGCUGCAGUCGGUCGUGGUGACGGCAAACAGGCCGCAGCUGCUCCCGCACGGCGACGUUCCCUCCAUGAACUUCAGCUCUCCGAACGCAUCGACGGCUCCGGCGGGUUUUCCGGCACCGAUGCAGAAACAAGCCGCCAUCAGCGACCCGUUACAGCCGUGGACUCAGAUGCUGCCGUACAGCGGCACACUGCAGAACGGACACGAGAGCGCGGCCCUGUUCCACGGCUCAGAAAGACAAACAUUCCAACAGGCGGCGUUUUGGCAGACGGCGCCGCCCGGUAGCUGCAUGAUGGAACCGCGCUUCUCCUCCAGCCCAUCAGGGGGCGACGUCCCGACUCACAGCGAAUCCCCUCAAGGUCCCUGCCGCUACCGGUGGAGAGGCCGCGAGGUGGGGCCGUCCGCCGUCAGCAAGGAGGGCGCCGCCAUCCACCCCCUGACGGUGCCACCCGGUGCCGAACUCGCACACAACAAUAAGCACUACCUGAACGGCAUGGCGCAGACAAAGAGCGACAGCCUCUUUGGUGGCCCUGCUCUGGAUGUCACUGCAUACCUGGAGUAGGCGGAGCUUGGCGCAUGGUUGGCCUGUAUCAGUGCAUACUCAUACCGCUCCUAUUACUGCAUACUUUGUACCUGUGCAUAUGUAUCUCUAUAUCGUGUCUGUCCGCUGUGGCUUCACCGCGCUCACUUUAAUGAAGUAUGAAUUCACAAGUGCAUUUACCCAGCAGCAACCAAAGACGUCUUUAUAAGGGAAACUACGUCCAAAAAAUGUCGAAAAAGCUGAAAUCCGCAGCAACUUUGGUCUGAAAGAGUUUGUGUCGCCAUGGAAACGAGGAGCUCCGUGCCUUCAGUCGAUUCCCCCGACAGAUUUGUUUGUUUAAACCUUCAAACUGGUGCUUGAGUCUGUAUUUAUCGUUUGUGUUGUGCUGUUCUGCUUUGGCUCUUGAAACCCCCACCUGUGCCGAGCGCACCGCAGUGAAACUGGAUUUCCCCGCACGCCGGCGGCGGAUGCAGACUUGUAAAGUCUCUAAACUAUAUAGCUUAAGUGGGAGGGGAGCUGGAGCGCCGCUCUCCUCCCACGCCACGCCGCUCUCUUCCCACGCCGAGCUAGGGCCAUGCGCCGCAGAUGUAGUUGUAGUCCAGGGAAGUUCUCCGCGCAUCAACGCGAUCAGGAAGGAAAACUUCGUCUUAAAACGAGGUCACAAAAGAUGGCUGCUUAUUUUUGUUUUUCACAUAGGAAGUGCCUUAAAGUGCAACGCCGCCGCCAGCCACUAGGUGCUGCUAACGCCCACCUCUAGUGUUAAUGUGGUCCCUUCAGGUUAACACGGGGGUGUCUAAACUUUAACCACUGAGGACCCCGAUGCCUUAUAAUAAUAGACAGGAGCGGGUGGACGGUGUCAGAGAUGGAGGUCGCCUGCUAACGGCGUUUCAGCUGAAGAAACUUCUGGAAAGAAGCCGAAUCGUCGCAAACAUGACAGCAGAUCUGAGAGUUCCUACUGAGGCUUUGAGCUGCUCCAAAGUGUAGACAUGAAGACAGGAAGUGACAUCAGCGCUGUGUAUUUGAUUAAACCAAACAUACUGCCCACAGCGCUGAACCAAUUGUUGGGCAAUAUCGCCUCCUAGUGAGCAACAUGUGGAACUGCGUUCAGAUCCAGAGCUUAAGUGUGAAAACAGGUCAAGUUACCAAAACUAAAAAAAAUAGAUAAGAACUAAAAAUAAAAUGUGGAAAACCAACAAGAACAGUUACACUUCAAAAAUAUUCUAAAUAUUAUAAAUUAUUUUCAAUUAUGCACUUAAUUACUAACUUUAGUAACUACUAAAUGUAUGUCUGUUUCAGCAGAAAAAGCUGAACAAUGCAAAGGAGCACAAAUUAGUCAAUAAUUCUAAAAUAUCUAGCACUAAAAACAUGACAAUCAUAAACUAUUUAUAAAUUAUGAGACAAAUCUACCAAAUUAGCCAAAAGAUUGUCGGCAGGCCAAGAGGGAAAUGUAAAAUCUGAAGAAAGAGUUUGAACAGAAGCUGAAAAAUGAGAAAAGUGCUUUGAGAGUUUCCUGUUUUGAAUGAAGUAGGACGUUUCUAACAGAGGAGAACUUUUAUCUAGCUUAAAAUGAAAAAAUGUUGGGAGAUAUUAAAAGUGUUCAAAUAGUCAAACGACUUUUUACCAGUGGGAUGUUUAGAAAGUCUUUUAGAAAGAAAGUCUGUUAAAGUAGUGAGAGGUCAAGUUUAAAGAUUUAUUUUUGUUUCUGGAAAAUAUUUAAAAAAAAAAUACAGAAAGGGACAUAGAACCUCAAAGUUUCCUCAACAGUUAAAACCGAACAAAGUUUUUUUCAGAAUCUGUCCCCUUCUAGUGUCAGAAGUUGGAAUGAUCCAAUGCUUUUUUUUUAAAGGAAUCUCCAGCUCAGUGACGGAUAAAAACCGGUUUUCUCACUAAAAAUAGACAUUGUCCACAGAGAAGUCACACUACAGCCCGCUGUGGUCCAACAGAUGUGCUGCUGCUGCUGCUCUUGUGCCUGCAGCUCUCUGAAACUGUCCUGCAGCGCCCUCUGCUGGGCUUGUGCGGAAUCGCCCUAAACCUGACCUCUAAGCAUUAUCAAACCUCCACCUGCCUCAAUGCCAGAAAAUACAAACUUUCAUUAUUUUGUUUGAUCCUUUCUGUCACUUUGGAAAAAAUUCACAAGGAGUCGACAAAGACGGCCGUCCUCGCCGUUGAUUGUAGUUCCAGUUCAAAGACAACUGGAGGCGGCACGGGAAUGUCCUCGCCACCUCGGAUGUUCCCGUGCCGCAGAAGUGCCUUCGGUCCUCCGCCGCGUCUUCCAAACCCUCACACUACAGAAGAAACGUUUCACGAACCGGAGCUGGAUCAGCGUUUCCGUGGCAGCUUCACCGGAUCCCAGCGGCGGCGGCGCCGGACAAUUCCACAGUAUUUUCUUUCCUCGUUUCCUCCGUCGUUGUCACACCGGAUCUGUGUUCAGCAGAAAACCUGGAGCCAAAUCGCUGAUUCAGAGCCGCGUUGACAGCUGCCAUAUUUGUUUGUUUUUUUUAAAAAAAAAAGAAAAGAGAAAUAAAAAACGGUUCCAUUUUUAUUUAGCCAAGUAUGUAAACUGCAUCAUGUAUUGAAGCCAUAACCAGCCUUUGUUUACUGUUAAAUGCUUUUUCAUAAACGUGUGCAAUCAUUAAACUGCUGCUCGCCUCUUCA